AUGAUGGUCGUGCUGCAGUCAUUGCAUGCUCGUCGGGUCGACUUGCGUUUUUGUCACAGUCCUGCCAUCCGACGCUGUUCAUGGGACAUCGUUGAAACGCUCCUACAUUUUGUCCGUGGUUGCGUGGUGCCCCGUGAUGCCUGCGGUGUGCUUAGUGGAAGCGAGAGUUGGCGUUUUGCGGAAACGCAGAUAAAUGGUCUCACGAAGCUAGCAGCGGAUGAAGAUGAGCUGACUGCACCUCAUCGUCCUUCUAAUGCCAAGGUACUUUACCCCAUUGUAUCGCCAAUGUCGUCUCCGUUUCGUGCCUUUGCAUCACAGGGUGGAUUCGACGAUGUUUUGAAGAGUGGAUGCACUGUGAGCAGUUGCACAAAGCGCAAUGUUGGUGGAGAUGACUCAUCUGCUACAGACUGCUCGACUUGGCUAAGGCGAUUCUCUACCUCAUCGAUCAGCUCGUACUUGACUCGCCAAUCCAUCUCUAUGGAGCUGGCUAAGUCGGCACGACUGCCCGCUGGUCUGUCAUUUGACGGAUUGGGCUUCUCAUUUUGUGCCAAAGAUAGUCUGCUAGUUGAAGAUAUAGAGAAUGAGGAGGCGGAGGAUGAAGAUGCGCAGUAG